UAUCAUCAUCCGCUAAACAAAAUCCCAAUUGCCCGGGAAAAGACGAAAAAGAGAAGAUGGAUACCGUCGUCCUCGGCCUCAAGCCCUCCUUCCUCCCUCCGCCUCCCAAGCCAAAACCCAAACCCUCAAAACCACCAAACUCAAACUUCAAAAUCCCCAUCAAGUCCUCAAUUCAUUCGGACCCCUGGUCCUUGAGCGACGGCAAUAUUUCAAAACCCAAACCCAAAUCCAAGAACCCCAAGAAGCCUCUCUCAGACGACGACGCCAGGCGCAUAAUCAAAGCUAAAGCGCAGUACUUGAGCUUGCUCCGUAAACACCAGGGUCCUCGCGCCCAGACUCCCAAGUGGAUAAAGAGAACGCCUGACCAGAUGGUGCAGUACUUGCAGGAUGAUAGGAAUGGCAGACUUUAUGGGAAGCAUGUAGUUGCCGCCAUAAAGACUGUGAGGUCCAUGGCUGGGAAGAGAGAGGAGGAGAGGAAUAUCAGGCUGGUGAUGAGUGGGUUUGUGGGUAAGUUGAGCUUUAGAGAGAUGUGUACUGUUUUGAAGGAGCAGAAAGGAUGGAGGGAGGCUAGAGACUUCUUUGCCUGGAUGAAAAUGCAGUUAAGCUAUCGCCCAAGUGUUAUAGUCUACACAAUUGUUUUACGAAUAUAUGGGCAAGUUGGAAAAAUCAAGUUGGCUGAACAGACCUUCUUGGAAAUGCUUGAAGCAGGAUGUGAGCCUGAUGAAGUUGCUUGUGGUACUAUGUUGUGUUCAUAUGCCAGAUGGGGACGUCAUAAGGCUAUGUUUUCAUUUUAUUCUGCUGUACAAGAAAGGGGAAUUAUACUGUCAGUUUCAGUUUACAACUUUAUGUUGUCCUCUUUGCAGAAGAAAUCACUUCAUGGCAAGGUCAUAGAAUUAUGGAGGCAAAUGGUGAAUAAAGGGGUUGCGCCCAAUAAUUUUACUUAUACCGUAGUCAUCAGUUCACUUGUCAAGGAAGGUUUUCAUGAGGAGGCUCUAAAAAUCUUUAAUGAGAUGAAUAACAGUGGGCACGUGCCUGAGGAAGUGACAUAUAGCUUGCUUAUUACCAUAAGUACCAAAAAUUGUAACUGGGAUGAAGCAGGGAGAUUAUAUGAGGAUAUGAGAUCUCAUGGAAUUGUUCCAAGUAACUUCACCUGUGCUUCACUUCUGACCAUGUAUUACAAAAACGGAGAUUAUUCUAAAGCCCUUUCUCUAUUUACAGAAAUGCAAAGCAAGAAAAUUGCUGUGGAUGAAGUUAUCUAUGGCUUGCUCAUCAGAAUAUAUGGGAAACUUGGCCUGUAUGACGAUGCACAGAAAACAUUUGAAGAGGUUGAGCAACUGGGUAUGCUGAGUGAUGAGAAAACAUAUUUAGCGAUGGCACAAGUCCAUCUUAAUUCAGGAAAUGUUGAGAAAGCUUUGAGUGUUAUUGAAGUGAUGAAGUCAAGAGACAUUUGGUCAUCAAGAUUUGCUUAUAUUGUUCUAUUGCAGUGCUAUGUUAUGAAAGAAGAUCUGGACUCUGCUGAAGUUACAUUUCAAGUUUUAUCAAAGACUGGACUUCCUGAUGCUGGUUCUUGUAAUGACAUGCUCAAUUUGUAUCUAAGACUGCAGUUGGCUGAAAAGGCUAAAGAUUUUAUCAUCCAAAUAAUAAAAGAUCAAGUAGAUUUUGAUGAGGAGCUUUACAAGACAGCCAUUAAAGUACUUUGCAAGGAGGGUAUGCUAAGAGAUGCUGAGCAACUGACAAAAGAGAUGGGUACUAAUAAAUCAUUCAAAGAUUGUAGUUUCUUCCAGACUUUUUUCAAGAUUAUGCAUGGAGAAAACAAGGAAUGUAAACACUUCUUGGUCUUUGAUCAACCUGACACUAUGGCUUUCGGGCUUAUCUUUACAUUGUAUUUGAGACAUGGUAGCUUCAGUAAGAUGGAAGAAAUCCUGAAGUUGUUGCUUGAGACUGCUGGUGGUUUGUCUACACUGAAUCAACUAGUUAGCAGCUUCAUCAGGGAAGGUGAUGUAUGUGAAGCAGACACAAUUAGUGCUCAAGUAACCAAGCUAGGCUUCAGAUUAGAGGAUGAAAUAAUUGCUUCAUUGAUUAAUCUAUAUGGUAAAAGACAAAAGCUGAAGCAAGCUCAAGAGGUCUUUGCAACAGUUGCAGAUUCCCCAUUAUGUGGAAAGUCAAUAGUUAACUCAAUGAUUGAUGCAUAUGUUAAAUGUGGUAAAUCAGAGGAAGCUUACUCUCUCUAUAAAGAAUUAACUGAUCGAGGUCACAAUCUGGGUGCUGUUGGUAUCAGCAUAAUUGUGAAUGCAUUGACUAAAUGUGGCAAACCUCGAGAAGCAGAGAAUGUUAUUCGCAAGAGUAUUCAUGACAAUAUGGAGCUUGAUACCAUGGCAUACAAUAUUUUCAUCAAGGCAAUGCUAGAAGCAGGGAGAUUGCAUUUUGCAGCCAGCAUCUAUGAACGAAUGAUUUCCUUAAGUGUUACUCCAUCAAUUCAGACAUACAACUCCAUGAUUAGUGUUUAUGGACGAGGUCGGAAGCUGGAUAAAGUUGCAGAGAUCUUAAAUACUGCUUGCAGCUUGGGUGUGCCUCUGGAUGAGAAGGCAUACAUGAACAUUAUUAGCUAUUAUGGCAAGGCUGGUAAGACACAUGAAGCAUCACUUCUGUUCACCAAAAUGCAGGAAGAAGGGAUAAAACCAGGGAAGGUUAGCUACAACAUUAUGAUCAAUGUGUAUGCCAUGGCGGGACUUUAUCAUGAAGUUGAGGGACUUUUUCGUGGCAUGCAGAGAGAUGGCUGGCCACCAGACUCCUUUACAUACCUCUCUCUUGUUCGAGCUUAUACAGAGAAUUUGAAAUACUCCGAGGCUGAGGAGACGAUUGAUGCUAUGCAGAAGAAAGGCAUCCCACCUUCCUGUGCUCAUUUUCACCUCUUACUCUCUGCUUAUGCAAAAGCUGGUCUAAUGAUAGAAGCAGAAAGGGUUUAUAAAAAACUAUUGACAACUGGUUUAAGUCCUGAUCUUGCUUGUCAUCAGACUAUGCUUAGAGGUUACAUGGAUUAUCGACAUGUGGAAGAAGGUAUACACUUUUUUGAGCAGAUGAGGGAGUCUGUAGAACCUGAUCGGUUCAUUAUGAGUGCGGCUGUACAUUUGUACAAUUUUGCCGGAAAGAAACACAUGGCUGAAGUUCUUUUGGGAUCCAUGAACAAUUUGAGGAUCCCAUUCCUCAGUAACCUUGAAGUUGGAUCAAAGAUAGAAGCUACUGAUGUGUGUCAGAGGUAACUUUACGAUGCACUACAUAACCUGGAGAGCAAAAUGACGCAGAGGAAUUCUUAUGUUUAUAUGGAGCAAUGAUGAGUAGAAACAAUCAUUUGUUGGUGAAUUUCUAUUGCUAUUCCUCUUUUGUUCAAGUGGUGGAGAACACCAUCUCUAUGAAAGCUUAGGCCUCAUGUUUGAGGGAGAUGCCCCAAACUUGAACGAUCUAUGAGUAACUAUGAACAAAUGCUGCAUGAUUGCAUACCAGAGGUGACACAGUAGUGGAUUAAGAGUCCAUACCGCUGUUCUUUCACCAUUCAGCGAAGAGCUCCUCCAGUAUAUGAAGAUAAAUUGUAUAGCAAAGAUGUUUAAGAAGAUUGUUCAUGGACUAAGGCAACUUAACUAGAAAAUGCAUGAUAGAGAUGGCGGUGCCACGCACAGCAGCAGUUAUGUGAUACGUACCGGAUGAUCUGAAAGUUUUGACAUUUGCUUCCCUUUUGAAACUGCCAUCCAGUUUGGUACAGCAGUUGUGCUUAAUAUUCUUGAACGUAAAUACAUAAUUCUUUGAAGCUGCAGUAAUGUGCAUUCUUUGAAGAUGUGCCAGAAGAAGUGAGUCGCAGCCUCUUGUUCUAGUAGCAUUUAUAAACUAGAAUGCAACCACCUGGGACUUGUGACCUCUCUAUUUUGUCAAUAGUGUUUCCUUUCUUACUUAGGAUUUAUUCAAGAACUGCAUGAAUGAGUUUGCAAACCUAAAGCCUGCACAAGUUCAAUUCAACUAAAUUCUAUUUGGACCCUUU